AUGUUGUCAAACGUUGCCAGAAGAGCUACUGCUCAAACCGCUAGAAGAACUUUCGUUCGUAAGAACCACAGUUUGCCACCAUACGCCAAUGAACCAGCUUUCGGUAAGCCAGACGUCGAAGCUGGUAAAGCAUUUGCUAAGCACAUCGAAGCUGUCCAAGAACACGCUGCUGGUACCAGCGGCUUGUGGAAGAAGAUCUCUUUCUUCGUUGCCUUGCCAGCCAUUGGGUUGACUGCCAUCAACACCUACUUUGUUGAAAAGGAACACGCCCACCACAGAGCUGAAAAGGCCAAGGUUGCAGAUGAAGACUGGCCAAAGGACUACGAAUUCCAAAACAUCAGAAACAAGGACUUUUUCUGGGGUGAUGGUGACAAGACCCUUUUCUGGAACCCAGUUAUCAACCGUCACGUCAAGGACUAA